GCAGCUUGAACCCUACCCCCUUCCGAGUACGUCCCCUCCCCCAGACCCUGCUCCUAUCAGCCCCUGUCCAAAGGUCGCUGGACAGCCUUUCCUGCUAGUGCUGGCUGUAAAGGAGGAGCUGUCCGACCACGGAUCCCGAGUCCACUCCGUGACUGCCACUGGUUGCUGCGAGAACCAGCUUAUCCCCAGGGCCAGGGAACGGCAAUGCCAGGACGCUGGUGAAGGCUCACUUGUCCUCCUCCGCCAUGGUUGACGGUGCUAAGUAUGAAGUGGCGCCCCAGCAUGAGGCGAAUGCCUCCCCUUCCACCACUAAGGCCGAUUCUGAGCCCGAGCAGGUGACGCUGAAGAAGGAGAUCUCGCUGCUGAAUGGCGUGUGCCUGAUAGUGGGGAACAUGAUCGGCUCCGGCAUCUUUGUCUCCCCCAAGGGGGUGCUCAUGUACAGUGCCUCCUUUGGCCUCUCCCUGGUCAUCUGGGCUGUUGGGGGCCUCUUCUCUGUCUUUGGGGCCCUUUGUUAUGCGGAACUGGGCACCACUAUUAAGAAAUCUGGGGCCAGCUAUGCCUAUAUCCUCGAGGCUUUUGGGGGAUUCCUGGCCUUCAUUCGACUUUGGACCUCCCUGCUGAUCAUCGAGCCCACCAGCCAGGCCAUCAUUGCCAUCACCUUUGCCAACUACAUGGUGCAGCCCUUCUUCCCAAGCUGCUUUGCUCCCUAUGCUGCUGGCCGCCUGAUAGCUGCUGCCUGUGUCUGUCUCUUAACCUUCAUUAACUGUGCCUAUGUCAAGUGGGGAACCAUGGUACAAGAUCUUUUCACCUAUGCUAAAGUAUUGGCAUUGAUUGCAGUCAUCAUCGCGGGCAUUGUUAAACUUGGACAGGGAGCCUCUACCCACUUUGAGAAUUCCUUUGAGGGGUCAUCAUUUGCCAUGGGCGACAUUGCCUUGGCACUGUACUCGGCUCUGUUCUCUUACUCGGGUUGGGACACCCUCAACUACGUCACUGAAGAGAUCAAGAAUCCUGAGAGGAAUCUGCCUCUCUCCAUUGGCAUUUCCAUGCCCAUUGUCACCGUCAUCUACAUCUUGACCAAUGUGGCCUAUUACACUGUGCUAGACAUGAAGGACAUCCUGUCCAGUGAUGCUGUAGCUGUGACUUUUGCAGACCAGGUUUUUGGAAUGUUCAACUGGACAAUUCCAUUGGCAGUUGCAUUGUCCUGCUUUGGUGGUCUCAAUGCCUCCAUUGUGGCUGCUUCUAGGCUUUUCUUUGUGGGCUCAAGAGAAGGUCAUCUCCCUGAUGCCAUCUCCAUGAUUCAUGUUCAUCGAUUCACACCGGUGCCUGCUCUGCUUUUCAAUGGUAUCAUGGCACUGAUCUACCUGUGUGUGGAGGACAUCUUUCAGCUCAUUAACUACUACAGCUUCAGCUACUGGUUCUUUGUGGGGCUUUCCAUUGUGGGUCAGCUGUACUUGCGCUGGAAGGAGCCUGAGCGACCUAGACCCCUCAAGCUCAGCCUUUUCUUCCCCAUUGUCUUCUGCCUCUGUACCAUCUUCCUGGUGGCUGUUCCACUUUACAGUGAUACCAUCAACUCCCUCAUCGGCAUUGGCAUCGCCCUCUCAGGCCUGCCCUUUUACUUCCUCAUCAUCAGAGUGCCAGAACACAAACGACCUCUUUGUCUCCGAAACAUUGUGGCAUCUACCACACGGUACCUCCAGUUCCUAUGUAUGUCAGUUACUGCUGAGAUGGAUUUGGAAGAGGCAGAUACAUCCAAGCAACAAGAUCCCAAGUCCAGCUAAAUACAGUCCAGAAUCCUGAGAUGUGGCAAGCAGGGAUCUCUUGCCUCCUACUGGCUGGAGCCAGGGAAGAUGAAAAAGCAAGCUCAUUUCUUUGGAGGCACUUGUCCAGAGGUCUAGACAGCUUCAAAGCUUUUGAACUUGUUUUUUUGAGAUGGAAAGUAAUUUAUUUGUUUUGCUACAUAUUGUUCCAGAUUUUUUUUAAGGGAUGAUAAAGCAGACUGGGGGAGCAUGUCAUGUGUGGGUUUGGUUCUAUAGCCCAUUUCUGUGUGUUAGCACUCACCUCUGGGGGUGCCGACUCACUCUUUUCCUUUAAAAGGGCCAAUAAUGCUCUAAACUUCCUGUCUCCUUUAGAGACACGAAACUGUCAGAGGUGCUGGACAAUAAA